GUCCUGUGCAGGGCCAGGGCUUGGACUCGAUGAUCCUUGCAGGUCCCUUCUAACUCUGUGUUCUGUGAUUCAGUCAUUAGGUAUUUCAGCUUAUUUGCUCGGCUGGAUGAAGCUGGGAGGUUCUCACUUCAGUGCAAUUUCAGGCAUACCAAGCUUUGUUAUCUUUUGCUUAUAAGCCCAAAAUACAUCUUAUUUAAACAGCAAGGAAGCUGAGAUAUUUUUAUCACUCAGCUUUCCUUCCCGUGAUUUUGUUGAGAGACAGAUUUCUUUCUUCUUCUAAAGAAAAAAAAAAAACCAAAAAAAACCAAAAAUCCCACCUUUUUUUAUGGCUUUAGUUGCUGAGCUGUGGUUUGCUCUCCUGGGAAAUAAAUAAAAAUACAGAUUUAGUCUUAAGCCAGUGCUAGUGAUGCCUUGAGACUUAGUACCUUUAUUUCCCUGUUGUGUUGGCAUUGGGAUUUGAGCCAAAUCAAUGGCUUUCCACACAAAGUUCUGACUGUUUGCAGGAAAAUGGUCGUCUCAUUCCUUACAAAUAGCCUUAUGAUAAAGUUAAUGCAGCAUUUACCAUUUGUAAAGGUCAUUCCUCUGAGCGCUUGAGAGAUCUGACACUUGAAUUAAACGAGGCAGAAAAUAAAUUGUAAAUAGUUACUGAGACGGAUAGGGUUUGGUCACUAAAUGGCACUUGUAAAUCUGAGGGGGUGAAAAGAAUGCGAGAUCACUUUGUAAAGUCCCAUUUUGCAUAUAAUUUAGAUAACUGUUUAAAUAUCUUGUAUAUAAGUGUUUGAAUAUCUUGUAUGCGUUAACUUUUAGAGCAAGAGUAUCUUGUGUGAGUCCUGACCAGGAUGACUUUGCCUCCCCAGCUUUCUACAGGCAGAUGCAGUUAUGUGCCAGUAACGAAACUUGUGCUUUUUUUGGUAGACACUCCAUGCUGCCCCGCCAUGUGCAGAGGCUGGGCAGAGACUGGAUCACCCACUGGAAUGGCUCCCAGAUACUCGCCUUGAACAGCCCAGUUUCCAGCUGUCUGAGAUGGGCAGGACACUAUCCUCCCUGGGCCUCCUUUCCACUCCCUGUUUCAGCUGAUUUUUCAGCAAACUGGAGAUUCCCUCCAUUUCUUGGACCUUGGAGGCAAUUUCAGACCUGUAAUUGGCAUCUUGAUAGCUACACACAAAGUUGUUGCUUUCACCUACCCAACCCCAGUAUGAAAUCUGAGGGAGAAGAGCCAUUGACAAAGAAGAGAAGACUCAGUGGCCAGGAUGAUACUUCAACUCCUGAACAAGAAGCAAACUUGUCUAAUCAGAAGGAAGUAUCUUGUUUUUCUGUAGCACAGAAUGAAGAAAAGCAUGGCAGCAAGAAAGGAACCAUCAAAAGACACUGGGAAUAUUUCUGUCAGCAGAGUAAAACAAUGAAAAUUGCUAAAAAUAAAGGAUCUGACCAAAGCAGUACGGGAAGUGAGGCAACAUUUGAUUUUACAGUCAUGUCCUACAAUAUUCUCUCACAGAAUUUGUUGGAAGACAACUCUCACCUGUACAAACACUGCAGGCAGCGAUUGCUGUUCUGGGCAUACAGAUUUCCCAACAUCCUACAAGAAAUCAAAGAGCUGGAUGCAGAUGUGCUCUGCUUACAAGAAGUCCAAGAAGACCACUAUAGAGCAGAGAUCAAGUCAAGUUUGGAAUCCCUGGGGUAUCACUGUGAGUAUAAAAUGAGGACGGGCAGAAAACCUGAUGGCUGUGCCAUUUGCUUCAAAACUUCCAAAUUUAGCCUGAUUUCCUCAACCCCUGUGGAAUUUUUUCGCCGUGACAUCCCACUCCUGGACAGGGACAACGUUGGACUGGUGUUGCUGCUGCAGCCCAGAUUUCACUGUAAAGCCAGUGCUGCCAUCUGUAUUGCCAAUACACACCUGCUGUACAACCCAAGGAGAGGGGACAUCAAACUGACCCAGCUUGCAAUGCUCCUGGCAGAGAUUGCCAGUGUUGCCCCUCAGAAGGAUGGCUCCUUCUGCCCCAUUAUCAUCUGUGGGGACUUCAAUUCUGUUCCUGGCUCUCCAUUGUACAGAUUUAUAAAGGAAGGAAAGUUAAAUUAUGAAGGACUUGCUAUAGGGAAGGUCUCUGGACAAGAACAGUUUCCAAGGGGACAAAGAAUCUUAUCUAUUCCAAUUUGGCCAAAAAAAUUAGGUAUUUCACAAAACUGUGUGUAUGAAAUAAAACAGCAAGAAAAGGAAGAAAAUGCAGGAGAAAAAUUGGAAGCAGCAAAACCGGAUAAUACUCAGGAGAUUGUAAUAGCAUCUGAAAAGUUGUCUUCAAAAUUGCAGCACCAUUUUAAGUUGUCUUCAGUCUAUUCUCAUUACUUCCCUGAAACUGGGAUACCAGAAGUGACAACUUGUCAUUCCCGAAGUGCUGUCACCGUGGAUUAUAUCUUCUAUUCUGCAGCAAAUGAUGAUACUGCUGCCCAGCCAGGAGCAGAGGAUUCUUUUUGUGGAGGUCUGAAACUUCUUGGCAGGCUGGCACUUGUAACAGAGAAAGAUCUUUGGACUGUUAAUGGUCUUCCCAAUGAAAAUAACUCUUCUGACCACCUGCCACUGCUAGCAGAGUUCAGGCUUAUUGAACGGUAAUAUUCAAAGGAUUUUGGUGUAGGUAAAGUUCCCUUUACUUUCUCUCUUCCUGGGAUGAUUAUUAUUUUUAAAAGGUUAAUUCAAGCACUGCUGGUCCAGUUUAAAUAAGUUUGCCUGCAUGCUGAUUUGUUAAUGUUGUGUAGACUUUCUAAAGGGACUUUUUUUUUAAAAAACUGUUUAAUUUACUUUAUGAAGUCUUUUGGGGAGAAAAGAUUUUACAUCAGCUUUCUCUUUGAUAAAGGAAAACAUCUGUGCCAGACUCAAAAUGGCAUUAUUUUUCAUGGAUAUGUUGUAAAUUAUUUUUAUUGUAAAUCACAGUAAAAAGGACUAUUCUGAGAACUGUGUGUUUCUUCAAGCAAAGGGGAAUGUGUUUGUGUGCCUGCAGCAUUUUACAAUGAGUUGAAAAUGUUUUACUGCAAACAUGCUCUGUGGACACUUCCACCUUAACACUUCUGCAAGGGAAUUUACUCAGUGGUGUCAGUGCAGAGGCUGCAAGACUGAACUUUCAAAGGAAGAAAGGCAUAUAGGCAAAUAUUUAUGCUUUAAGAAUUUGCUGCUUAAAAUUGUAAGGGCUUAAAUACAGGUAGCAUUCAAUCUUUUUAAAAUACCUGAAUCUUUUUUAAAAUAUCUGAAAUAAAGCUAAGCUUAAUAAUCACACCACAUCACAGGAGACUUAAUUGAUCUAUUGUAGGAGAAAAAAAAUUAGCCUUUGACAUCUUGAGGUUUCGUACAUAUCGAACAACUCGUGACAGGGUAGUUUUUUUUCCAUUUAAUUAUUUUAAAUGCCAGGUUCUAUCUUGAAAUGACAGAUCCUGAGGUAUGAAAUGAUCAAGGUUUUUUAUUUACUCUCACAUUACAUUCUGUGUAAAAUACAAUUUACAAAGUAAUUUUAAAAAAGCCACCAGACUGUCUGAAUAGGAAACAUAGCGGGGCUGGAAACAAAUCUUGUAAUUUGGUCAAACUACACAUGGAUGUUUAUGUAGAACCAACUUUGAAGUAACAGAGUUGUCUUUCAGUGUAGUGCUGGAAAACCUGCACCCAUUCAGACAUUUGUCUCCCAGAAGCACUUGUGGAAUUUUCAUCUGUGUUCCCUUUCCCUGACUGCAGACAACUGGAAUUACUUUGUGCUUGGAGAAUAAUGCAGGAAGUACAGUAGUAGUAAUAAUAAAACCUGUUGAAUUAAA